AUGGUGUGCAAACACGAGAAUGUUGUGGGCAUACGGGAGGUAGUCGUCGGGGAUACACUAACACAGGUUUUUAUCGUGAUGGACUUCAUUGAGCACGAUUUGAAGACGCUGUUGACCGUCAUGCCUUCUCCGUUUCUACAAUCUGAGAUCAAGACGCUCCUGCUCCAGCUUCUCUCCGCCGUAGCGCACUGCCACGAACGCUGGAUCCUCCACCGCGACCUCAAGACAAGCAACCUACUCAUGAACAACCGUGGCACGAUCAAAGUCGCAGAUUUCGGCCUUGCGAGGCGAUACGGUGAUCCAGUGGGUGUGGGCGGCCUAACUCAGCUCGUGGUCACCCUGUGGUACCGUGCUCCUGAGAUUCUGAUGGGCGCGACGACGUACUCUACCGCCGUCGAUAUGUGGUCCGUCGGGUGUAUCUUCGCAGAACUACUCCUCAAGGAGCCGCUCUUCCAAGCGAAGGGCGAAAUAGAGCUCCUUUCCAUGAUCUUCAAGCUUCUUGGGCCCCCAACACCGUAUUCUUGGCCAGAAUUUGACAGGUUGCCCAUGGCGAAGUCCAUCAGCCUGCCUCCGGCACAUCCGCCGCAAUUGCGCCACAAGUUCCCAUACAUCACUGCAGCCGGUUUGGACCUUAUGUCGCGCCUGCUGACGUACGAUCCGGAAAUGAGGAUAUCUGCUGAAGAGGCCCUGCACCAUCCGUACUUCAGCGAAUCACCUUUCCCUAAACAUCCUGACCUCUUCGGAUCAUUCCCAUCAGCAGCGGCUGGAGAGAAACGACGCAAGCCAUUCGAUAGCCCAUCUGCACCUGUGCGAGCAGCAGAUUAUAAAUUACUAACCGACGACGACCCGUAG